GAUGCUAGAACUUGGACCAAGUUCUAGCCUCGUAGAUACAGGCCUUGAGAGUAGCCACCGGAAGUCUACUAGCUCAGAAACAGAUAUGCCUCCUGACCAAGUGGAUGUCAACUACGUCCGUUCACUCGAUAACGGUACACACGCUAUGGUUCGUGUCCAAACUUCUCAGAUGGAUACGAGAGUCAGAUGAGAGAAACAAGUGAAUCAAUUAAUCGUUCUGACAUUGUAUUAUUGAAAACAAUAGAUUGAUCACAAUAGAUAUCUCAUAUGACUCUCAACGGCACAUCUUUUUUCUUGUAUUAGGUACUUUACUGUUACUGUUUUCACCAGUUUUCACCGCGCAUGCGCCAAAACCCGGCCCAUUACUGUCUCUGCCUCGAGCGACUAUUGGUCGGCGAGUGAAAACAGCCAUAGACCGGGGUUUGGGCUCAGGCACGUGUUUUUGACAUAACCUGUCGUGGCGAACGCAGCUGCAAUUAUGUUUAAACAAUCUCAGCCGCAGUUACUUGACGUAAAUAGAAAACCUAGUCAGCCGAAGAGGCGAAGAAAGCUCACACUUGUCUUCGACGAGGAGAAACGACGAGAAUUUUUAGGAGGAUUUCGUAAGAGGAAGCUAGAGCGAAAGAGGAAGGCUCAGGAGCAGUUGCAGCAACAACUGAAAGAGGAACGAAAGAAAAUUAAACAGGAAGCGCGAGAACGUUACAAGAAAUCAUUAUCGCAUCAAGUUGUCCCAGAGCUAGAAGAAUUGUUGUCUAAACAGGAAUACGAUCACGGAGGGCACACGAUUAGUAUUUUAGAGUUGAACGUUGCAGAUCUCGCGGAGGGAAGCGCGUGGAUAGGUGAGAACAGAACUGCAGUAGUAAAGGAAGAGGCGCAAGAUGACGGAAGUGACCAGUGUGACGACGACGACAGCGAGAUUGUGGGAAUGUCGUUACAAGAGAAACGUAUGGAUCGAGUACAGCAGAGAGUACAGCAGACCAAGUCUGACGGUCGCGAAGUGAAAUCUGCAAAAGAACUGAAACAAGAGAUCAAGAAGGCGGCGCUGAAACGAGUGCAAAAGAGUAAGGCGUUUCAACAGAAACAGAGGCUGGAACAGCAGAAAAACAAGAGGCAAAGCAGACAGAAGUUGCACAAAGUCCAGAAGCUGGCGCGCAAACGCGGCAAGAGGACCAAGAAAUCCGGGCGUUAGGACUUUCGACACAAGUUUACUGCAAAAACUCGAAAUAAAUAUAUUUUAUAACUUUGUGAACGUCGUGUACGUACACGAUAUAUAAACGUGCGUUCGU